AUGCCUGAUCAAAUUCUUGACGAUAUUUCUCACCGUCGAUACAAUCCCCUCACGGACUCAUGGCUGCUUAUAUCACCUCAUCGCACGAAGCGACCUUGGCAAGGCCAGCAAGAGGCUGCUGUCGCAUCAAAACUUCCAGAAUAUGACCCUAAAUGUUAUCUCUGUCCCGGUAACCCACGAGCCGCUGGCGACCAAAAUCCGAAUUACGAAAAGACUUUUGCCUUUGUAAACGACUACAGCGCCGUCAAGCAAGAGCAGCCAGAUUAUGAUGCGAAAGCCUCAUCCAACGACCUGGAAUCUCUUCUCCUUCAAGCUCAGGGUGUCAAGGGCGUGUGUUACGUGCUCACUUUCUCACCCAAGCACCAUGUUACACUUGCAGACAUGACAGCUGAGGAGAUUGUUCCCGUCAUUGAGCAUUGGACUCGAAUCUACGCCAAUCAUCUGACAUCAUCAAACCCCCGGGCCGCUGAAGCCGACAAGCUGGCCAUUUCUAUGCCAAAGGACGCUGCACCUUCUCCUGAGGAGCAGUAUAGAUAUAUGCAGAUCUUUGAGAACAAGGGCGCUGCUAUGGGCUGUUCUAACCCUCAUCCUCAUUGCCAGGUCUGGACCACUUCAACCAUGCCUGAAGAGCCAGGCAAGGAGCUCGUGCAAAUGGGCAAGUACCGAGACCAACACGGCGGCCGACACCUCCUAGGCGACUAUGUUAAGCUUGAACUCGAGAAGCAAGAACGAGUUGUCUGGGAGAACGAUGCUUUUGUGAUUGUAUGCCCCUGGUGGGCUGUAUGGCCAUUCGAGGUCCUCGUUCUUCCCAAGAGACACAUCCGAUCUCUUCUCGAUUUCAAGCCCGAGGAGCGACUGCAAUUUGCCGAAGCCAUCCAAGAAGUCACCCGACGAUACGAUAACUUGUUCGAAUGCAACUUUCCCUACAGUUCUGGUCUUCACCAGGCGCCGCUUGACGGAACACCAGAGGAGUUAGAAAGCGCAUACUUCCACAUGCACUUUUACCCACCUCUGCUGCGUUCAGCCACCGUCAAGAAGUUCCUCGUUGGAUAUGAGCUACUGGCAGAGCCUCAGCGUGAUAUUACUCCUGAGCAGGCCACAGUUCGUUUGAGGAAUUGUGGAGGAGAGCUAUAUCGCAAGAAUCUAUAG